AUUCAUUGCAUCCAUCUAUUCAUCGAGUCUCCUAUUUUAUAUAUCUCUUUUAAUGUCCAUCAGCGGCACGCAAUAGCUGGUUUGAAAGCUUUGAGGUCACGUGCUUUUUACCUUAACCAGAUACGUCAGUCGCUUUCAUGUGAGAUUGAACGGUAUUGACAACAACUCUCCCCGUGAACCUAUUGAGAAGUUCUUACGAAAGAGCCAAAACACGCAAUAAUGCCUCCAUCAGAGGAUCAGAGCCGUACCUCGACUCCACGGUCAUUUACUGGCCAAUCAGCCUCUGCGGAAGAGUUGCUCAAGUCGCAGACAGUUGGUCUGGUCCAUCUUUCCGACUUUCGCAAACGUCGCGCAGAGGUUCUGGAGCAGAAAGAACGGGAGGCACAUGACAAGUCUCUGGGAAGAUUGACAUCUGGUAAUUCGAGGAGUGCUACCCCUUCAACGGGCGACGUAACUGACGGGAAUUCUACAUCACGAAGCGAGGGACCGCCGAAAAAAAAGAAAAAGAAGCCAUUGGCUAAAAGCAAAUUGUCUUUUGGCGAUGAUGAAGAUGAAACUGGGGAGGAUUCAACGGGUGCCCCGCGAGACUCGAGUACCCCACGAUCUGCUUCGCAGACCCCGGCAGAGAACUCUUUGCCAUCCUCACGACGAAUUACGCCAAAUCCGAAUGCCUUUCCUCCCCCUAAAGCGAUGACAAAAGCAGCGGUGGAAGCAGAGGCGCAAGCCCGGGAUACCCUACGCAAGGAAUUUCUAGCGAUGCAAGAAGCCGUUAAGAAUACGGAAGUUUUGAUCCCCUUUAUCUUCUACGAUGGAACCAAUAUACCCGCCGGAACGGUUAAAAUGAAGAAAGGAGAUCCUGUAUGGCUAUUCUUAGACCGAUGUCGAAAAGUUGGCGCUGAAUUGGGAGUUGGUGGUACGACUGGAGCAGCCAAGAACCAGAAGAACAAUCGUCGUGAAUGGGCUAGAGUCAGCGUGGAUGAUUUGAUGUUGGUAAAAGGAGAGGUCAUUGUGCCUCAUCAUUACGAGUUCUAUUACUUCAUCGCCAAUCGAAUCCCGAGUUUCUCGCGAGCUGGUGGUUUAUUGUUCGACUAUUCCAACAAACCUCCACCGGCACCAGCCAUUGACAAUCCCCUCUCUCAGCCUAAUGAUCAAUUAGAGGGAAGUGACAAAGAUCCUACGUUGACCAAGGUGGUUGACAGGCGAUGGUAUGAGCGAAACAAGCAUAUCUUCCCCGCCAGUCUGUGGCACGAAUAUGAGCCAGGAAAGGAGUUUGAGGAAAAGAUGGGCUCAAUAAGGCGCGAUGCACAUACUUUUUUCUUCUAGGCUAUAUGCUAGAUCAACUAAUUGGUUGCAUGAUUUUGUUGUGGCUUGGUGCGUUUGCAAAGAUUAAUGUAAAUCUCAGAUGAUAUAUCCAGAUGAUCUCAGAACAGGUGAACUAAAACUUAUGCUCUCAAAUAUGUGAAAAAUCAAUUUGCCAUACCAAAGUUACUAUUUGUG